AUGCAAUUCACCCCUAGAGAGUUCUAUCGCCAUUCACUAAGCAGAGCAGACUUAAAACCUGCGAAUGUUCUUAUAUCUAGCGUUGACGGGCUGUCUAAAGUCAAAAUCGGAGACUUGGGGCUAGCGGGACCAGAGGGCGGCAAUCCACGCUGGGUUCAGCCCGAAGCAUUUCGUGCUCCUGAGGUCUGGACAGGGGUGAGCUGCUUCCAUAAAGCCGAUGUAUGGUCUAUUGCUGCUAUGAUAUUACAACGGUUUGAUCCCAAUAUCCUAGGCAAUGCCGACAACAUCGACAAGACGCUUAUUCACUCAAUGGCAUGGUGCCUAGCGAAGAUUAUACUCCUCUUCGAUCCAUCCUGUAGCUCGAUUCCUCCUCCUUCUGACGCCGAUAAGACCUUACAGGCCUAUUUCAAGUUAGCCCAAAACCUUACGACAACACAAGCAGAAGAGGAUUCGGACGAAUUACUUUUGCAGAUUCCUUCAUUUGAGGUGUGGGCUGAUCUAGCUAUGGACGCCGGCAUCCCGAAGGUAGUGCUAGACAUUAUACGCCUUUUGGCCGUUCCUAACCCGACGAACAGACCUUCGGCUCUGCAAGCUCUUCAAUCACCCGAAUAUAAGGCCCUCCAGAAAGCUGCCGCCGCGUAUGGAAACUAGGACGCUCUCUUAAGACCUGGUAUCCGAUGAUUCCAAAUCGGCACUUGAGUUCCGAGCUGAUGCAAAGAUGGGAAGACCUGGAGGACAUAUUUACAGAAGCUCUGCGUAGGCAAUGCCCAAAAGGGACUACUCCUAUCGUUCGGGUUGUGAGGAUUGGACAAAUUCCACAAACGCCUUGCUAUACCAACCUUGAAUAUACUAGGUGAGAACAUUUGUGGGAGGAGAUACAGAAGUCAACUAUAACGUUACGCCUAGUUUCUGUUUGCCGCAGAUUUUGGGGGUUUUCCAGACAAGACAGAGGAUUUUAUGCUGGCAGAAGUGCAGCGAGUAUUUCGUGUAUAAAGGUACGCUUUGAGCUUUGAGUCAGCUAAGGCUGUGGC